AUGGAGCAGCAGCCACGCCAUUCACUAUAUUCCAUUCCCGAAGAGAUUACCCCGCAAGACCAUCAGAUUCUUCGCAAUGGUGGGACUUCGUCGAGCAUCGAGCACCUUCCAUCUCGCCUAAGACAGGCCAAAUCCCCUUUCCAGAGCAAGAAAAGACAAAUUGAGAAUUUGACCUACGAAGUUGGCUACCUUAAAGCGGAGUUGGCAUGGCAUUCAGAAUCUCGUCGCGCUCUUCUUCUGUUACAAGAGCAAAUGUAUGGGGUAUUUCACAGAAUGGAGGAUGCUCUGAUCCAAGCUAAUGUACGCCUACAAGAAGCUGAGCAUCGUUAUUUGAGCUUCUGGGGACUUGAGGCAUGCGCAGGAGGGGGUGAGGAGAUGAUAUAG